UUUUCAUGGUGCGCGGCCGAAUUGCCGUGGUCCUGUGCUUGCUUUUUGCCUGGGGUGCUGGCUUUGCCCGCCCCCGCGACCCCCGCGGCUCCCGCAUGGAGCCGCCAGCAAAGCGCGUCAAGGGCGCGGCGGCGGCGUCGGCGGCUCUGUUUGCCGAGGUGGCCACAGCUUUAGAGGCCUACUUCGAUGGUCUGCACAGCGGCAAGGUGGAGCGCCUCCGGGAGGUGUGGCACGAGGAAGGCCACUUGUACGGCCUGGCGCCCGACGGGUCUUUGGUGGACCGGUCCGCCGCGGAGUUCUUCAAAGCCGUCGCGGCUCGAGAGCCUUCGCAGCACCUGGCCGAGCAUGAUGCCAUCAUAAGGUUGGACUUCGCCUCGCCCAGAUGCUGUGCCGCGAAGGUGCAGAUCGCCCUGUCCGCGGCCAAGAACUCGCCCACGCCCAGCUUCACCGAUGUGCUCUACACGGACUUCCUGGUCUUGCUUCGCCUGGGGGGCAGGUGGCAGAUCAUCAGCAAGGUCUUUGCCUCGGUGCCUUUGUCGGAGCCUUCCUACGAGGAGCCCUAUGAUGCCCUGGCCUACUCUGUGGCUGAGCCGGUGCGCGGCGUUCAGGAUUACUUCCGAGGGGGGCACCUCGGGUGCCCUGAGAUCCUCGGGCAGAACUUCCACGCGAAUGCGCGGCUCUGCUUCUCCAACGAGGAGGAGAAGCUGGUGCGCUGGUCCCAGGCCGAGUUCUUUGAGGUGCUUAAAAGCCGCGCGCCCACGGCGACCGACACCAGGGCCUUGAGGUUCGACAAGAUCCUGGGAGUUGACAAGGCUGGUCCCGACGUUGCCUUGAUCAAGCUUCAGAUCGGCUACCCGCCCCAACUUUACACCGACUUCCUCUCCAUGCUGCGAAUCAGCGGCCGAUGGUGGAUUAUCGCGAAGAGCAGCGACAGCAAGCCAUUUAAGCUCUGAAUCUCCAAGCAAUGGCCUUAGGAUGUACAAACAUGACACCUUUAAAUAACACCUUUUCUCUAAGACGUAGACUACAGCCAUUUUUCGAAGAAGCUGCAAAGGCUGUUCCAGGAAAGUAGUGUUGGCCUGCGGAACAGCGAACGGAUGUCAAGACAAACUCGAUUUCCUGCAAUAUUUGCGGAGCCUGGUAAUUUGGGGCACGUGUCGGUGCUAGUGUUAGGGUCCCAAAUCGAGAGCCGAGAUUUCCUUGUGCUUCAGCGCAGCUUAAAUAGUAAAGGUUUGGCAUCGAGGGCCGGACUUCCAUCAGAUCUGGGC